UGGAUCAAUAAAUUAAUGAAACCUCCAUAGCUUUUUCUUCCCCUUCCCUUCAAAUUUUUCAAUCAAAUUCCAAAAUCCGCCCAAAAAAAAAAAAAUCAAGAAAUUCCCAAAUUAGAAAAUGAAAAUCCUCUGCGAUGUCUGCGACAAGAACGAAGCUUCGCUGUUCUGCGUCGCCGACGAGGCGGCGCUCUGCGCCGCCUGCGAUCACCGCGUCCACCACGCUAAUAAGCUCGCCGGAAAACACCAGCGGUUCUCCCUCCACCACCCCUCCCCCAAACACGCCCCUCUCUGCGAUAUCUGUCAGGAGAGGAAAGCGUUUAUGUUUUGCAGACAGGAUCGUGCGAUUCUAUGUCGGGACUGUGAUUUGUCGAUCCAUAGAGCGAAUAAGCACACGCAGAACCAUACGAGAUUUCUUCUGACGGGGAUGAAGUUGUCUGCAAAUUCAUCUCUUUACUCGUCGUCGCCGGCGAUUACGGCGGCGGCGGAGCCAUCGCCACCGCCUCCGCCGCCGCCAAUGAAACCCUCAAUCGAAGCUAUUUCAAUGGAAUCCAGCCACCAAAUCAACGGCGCCGCCGCCGCGGCGAGUAGCAUAUCGGAGUACUUGAUCGAAAUGCUGCCAGGCUGGCAUGUGGAGGAGCUUCUGGAUUCUUCUUUCUCUUACAAUGGCUUCUGUAAGAGUGGUGGUGGUGGAGACGACGAUGAGUUGCAGAAGAAGAGGGUUUGUGUCCCUCAAUUUCAGACAGAAUUGAAUCGGAGUUCAUCGAUGAUCAUGUCCAAUUUGGGAUUUGAUGAAUUUGGAUUUGGAUUUGGUGAAGACAGUUCCUUCGUUGUUCCACAGAUGUCUCAAUUAUCUUCCAUGGCUGCAGCUAACAAGAAGAGGUCGAGAAAUACGAACAUUCAUUGAAAAAAAUCGAUCGAAAUUCACAAAUAAUUCAAUUCCCCUCUUCCUAAUUUAGGGUUUUUUUGAUUUAUUAUUGAUUAUGUAAUCUUGAUACCUGGUUUAAAUAUUUCUUUGAAUGGAAUCUAAUUAAUUAAUUGUAUUUUUUUGUGAA